AGUUUGAAAUGACAACAUCGCGGGGGAUAAGUUCACUUCAGCCCCGCUGUAGUGGCCGUGGGAGGACAGGGGGAGCUGAACUAACAUGAUACAGCACUGGUUCUACUUUAUAAGUUUCUUUUUUUUUUCUCCAGCGCGAGCAAAAUUUUUAUUUUUUGUUGAGACGCUAAAACGUGUUUGAAGUUUCUGUGUUUUUAUGGGAAUGAUUCCCCAGUUUUCUGUUAAAGAGGGACACUCUGUUCUGUCGAGACACAUCUAAAGACAUGUUGUACUGGGCUUUCUGUGACUGGAGAGUACCACUCCUGAUGGUUCUGCUGUGGGAUGGUCUUUGUGCUUUGGGAGUGAAGCCCACGAGAUGGCCCCUGUUCUCCCAAAAGCCCCUACUCCUCGCCUGGAAUGUCCCAACGCAGGAAUGUGGCCCCCGGCACGGCGUAUCUUUCCAGCUGGACCAGUUCCAGAUCGUUGCCACCCCAAAUGAGGGCUUUGUCAGGCAGAACUUGACCAUAUUCUAUCAGGACCGCCUGGGCUUGUACCCCUACUUUGAGGGAGGUGAAAGACCAGUGCGUGGGGGGCUGCCGCAGGUUGUCUCUCUCUCUCAGCACCUCAAUGAAAUGCAGAAAGGUGUUAAUAGGUACAUACCAAACCAAGAGGCUGUAGGUUUAGCAGUUAUUGACUGGGAAGAGUGGCGGCCUCUCUGGAUACGAAACUGGGGAGCCAAAAAUAUCUAUCGCGAACAUUCUCGUGACCUGGUGCGCCAGAAGAACCCAACAUGGUCUGAGGAGCAGGUGGGAAAAGUGGCCCAGCAGGAAUUUGAGAUGUCUGCCAAGAAGUUCAUGCUUGAGACGCUCAGGCACGCUAAACACCUGAGACCCAACCAGCUGUGGGGGUUUUACCUGUUCCCAGACUGCUACAACCACGACUACCUACGCUCUCUGGACAGCUACACGGGCCGCUGCCCCGACGUGGAAAUGACCCGCAACGAUCAUCUGAGGUGGCUGUGGUCUGAGAGCACGGCCCUCUUUCCCUCCGUAUACAUGGGAACAGUGCUGCGUUCCUCUUCCUCAGGACGGCAGUUUGUGCGGAACCGAGUGAAGGAAGGGAUGCGUUUAGCUUCAUCCGGCGAUGGGCUGGCACGUCCUGUCUUUGUGUACACCCGGCCCACCUACAUCAACUCCCUGGAACAGCUGACAGAGUUUGACCUUGUGUCCACCAUUGGGGAGAGUGUUGCUCUGGGAGCAGCAGGGAUUAUCCUGUGGGGAGAUGCAACAUAUACAACCAACAAGACCACCUGCUCUGACCUGAACAAGUACCUCCAGGGCACGCUGAGUCCAUACCUCCUCAAUGUCUCCACAGCAGCAGAGCUCUGCAGCCAAACCCUGUGUGGUUCCCACGGCCGCUGUCUGCGCAAACACCCUGACAGUGAUGUUUACCUUCACCUCAACCCCGUCACACACAGAAUCGAGAGACAAAAUGGCAAAUAUUCGGUCAUCGGUGAGCUGGGAGAUACAGAUAAAGUACUUUUUGAAAAAGACUUUCAGUGCCAGUGCUACAGGGGCUUUAAGGGUGAGGCUUGUAAUCACAGCGACCCUCUGCACCAGAGAGGGUCGGCGCCGCAAACCAGAACACCAUUGUUGCUGUGUGUAAUGUUGCUUAUAGCCUUUGUGCUCCUGUGUUAAUGCCAAGCACAUAUUUGCAAAUACACUUCCUAUUUAUUUCAGUUAAUUUUCACAUUCUGCUGUGCCAAAAACAGGAGGCUAUUUUAUUAGUAUUUUUUUGUGACAACAUAAAAUAGUUUUUCACUGACUGUUUACGGAAAUCUUCCCCUGCCACAGCCUCCAACACGCUUUUUCUCCCACCAUCUCUUUGAAUUUACAACUUUCCAAUAAACUUAAAUACUUACUUACUCUGGUGAACAAAAUCAUCCCCACAGCAUGAUGCUGCCAGUGCCAUGUUUUACCAUAGCGGGGAUGUUUUUCUAGAGUCCCAGUUGGAGUGUCCUCUUCCACAUGUUUGUUGUGUCACUUGUAAGAAUUAAAAGAACCACAAACAAGACUUAUGAUAAUAUAUUUUUUGCCACUCUUUUAUGAAGACCAGAUUAGUUCCAAGCAUUAUUAAUAGUUUCCUACCAACAUAUUCUCUUAUUUAAGAUGUAAAUCUAUUUUUCAGAAUGAUGGCUUCAACAGAGAAGCAAGCCACCACACUUUCCUGUAGAUU